UCGGCCCCCAAGGAGAUGAGCAAGGAGGAGCUGGAGAAGCAUGUUGAGCGUCUCCGUGAGGAGCUGGACCGGGAACGGAAAGAGCGCAACUAUUUCCAGCUCGAGCGUGACAAGAUCCACAAUUUAUGGGAGAUCACCUGCCGGCAGCUGGAGGACAAGAAAGCAGAGCUGCGUAAAAAGGACUUGGAGAUGGAAGAUUUGGACAAGCGGCAUCAAGCGGAGAUCAAGGCUUACAAGGAGAAGACGAGGCACUUGCUUUACGAAAACCAGGAAAACCUCAAUGAGCUGAAGGCGGAGGGCAUCUUGUCCAUAAAGCAAGCUCAGGAGGAUCACUGGGCCCAGGAGAUGAGGCUGCAGGAAGGCGUGGACACUUUGAAAGCGAAGUUGAGGAAGCAGCAGCUGGCCCACGAGACGCUGGUGAAAAACAUGCUCGUGAAGCAAGAAGAGGAGAUCACCCAGCUGCGCCGGGACUUCGAGAAACAAGUGAAAGAGAUCGAGACCAAGUACACAGAGAAGAGGCAAAUCCAGGAGGAUGAGCUUUGUUCACGGGGGAAGUUGGAGAUGUGUGAGGUGGAAGAGAGGAAGAACGUACAUAUUAAUGAGCUGAUGAGGGACCACGAGAAGGCCUUCAAUGAUAUCAAGAACUACUAUGAGGAUAUCAAGCACCAAAACCUGCAGCGCAUCAACUUGCUGAAGGAGGAGAUGGAGAAGAUGAAAAUGAGAGAGAAGCAGUGGAGAAAGGAGAGGGCAGAGUUGCUGUCCCAGAACAAGGAGCUGAAGGAGAUGUUGGAGUCCACGCAGAAGCAGGCGUUUGAGCUGAAGAAGAAGUUGGCCCGGUGUGAGUACGACCAGGAUGCAAAAGGCCAUCUGAAAAUCACCCAGAAGGAACUGAAGGACCUUCAGUGGGAACACGAAGUGCUGGUGCAGAGGUUCAGCAAGGUGCAGGCGGAGCGGGAUGAGCUCUAUCAGAAGUUCACCAAAGCCAUUCAGGAGGUGCAGCAGAAGACAGGCUUCAAGAACCUGCUCCUGGAACGCAAGCUGAGAGGACUUCACAGCAUCCUGGAGGGAAAGGAAGUGGAGCUCAGAGAGGUCUUGGCAGCCUCCAACCUUGACCCAAGCACUCUCUCCUCGGUCUCACGGAAGGUGGAGGAUGUGCUCAAGACCAAGGACACCACCAUCAAGGAGCUGCAGUUCCAGCUGGCCCGAGCCACCAAGGCACACAACGACAUGCUGCAGGUGCUCAAGGGAAAGCUGACAGCCUUUGGCAUCCCCUUGGACAACCUGGGCUUCAAGCCCCUGGAGAGCCCUCAGGUGGGGCAGGGCCCUGCGGGACUCGUUUCUGUCCCCAAUGUAUGCCAACGAACACCAAGGGACCAACGGCACCGGGCAGAGAGCUGGACUCUGCCCCCUUUGCACUUCGUGCCAUCACGCAACCGCCAGUAAGCAUUCAGGAGUACCUGGAGGACCCCUUCUCUUCUUCCUGGUGGACCAAAAGGAGCAGCCCCCAGCAGACCCCCUCACUCCUGGACAUCGGCCGGCUGGCUGACCAGGACCAGGAAGGACCAUGGCUCAUCCCAGCAUCCCACCCACUGGACCAGCCUCCCCUGCCUCCUGGGCUGCCCUCAGGAAGGCUAUUUUUCACGACAAACAUGUUGUUUGAAGCUUUAACAGUGUUGGUCUCGUAGUUUCCUCCAGCGACCUCCAUCUCUGGGAAGAGAACGGGCGUUUCCCCUGACUGCCGUUGUAUGUUGUGUAGGAGUAGGGGCUCAUCAAUAAGCUUUGAUGAGAUCCCCUCUCAUUCUUCUCUUUUCUGAGCUAACAGACUGAGCUCACUCAGCCUUUCCUCGUAAGAGAGAUGCUCCAGUCCCUUCAUCAUCUUUGUGGCCUCCACUGGACUCUCUCCAGUAGUUCUUUUUCUUUCUUGAGCGGGGGAGCCGAGAACUGGAUGCAAGACUCCAGAUCGGGCUUCACUAGAGCAGAGCAGAGCAGAGCAGAGCAGGACGAGAACCUCCCUCAACCUGCUUGCUGAAUUAAGGAUAAAAUUGCAAUCCGAUUUUUCUCCUCUUUGCAACACUACAGAAACUUUUUCAAAAGACAAAAAUUAAAGUGUGGUUCUGUUAGGGAACAGAACACAGCAGAGUCUAGAGAAAGGAGCCACUGGGAGGUAUUCACACGUAGAAUCACAGGAUCACUAAGAUUGGCAAAGACCUCUAAGAUCACCCAUUCCAGAUGUCAGCCCAGUCUCACCGUGCCUGCUAAACCAUGUCCCCAAGUGCCACAUCUACAUGUUUUUUGAACACAUCCAAGGACGGUGACUCCACCACUGCCCUGGGCAGCCUCUUCUAACGCUUCAGCAUUCUUUCAGUAAAGAAAUUUUUCCUAAUAUCCAGUCUAAACCUUCUCUGCCAUAACUUGAGGCUGUUUCCCUUCAUCCUAUCACUUGUUACUUGGGAAAAGAGACCAACACCCACCUCACUACAACCUCCUUUCUGGGAGCUGCGGAGAGUGAUAGGGUCUCUCUUCAUCCUCCUCUUCUCCAGCCUAAACAGCCCCGGGUCCCUCAGCCGCUCCCACAACCCCUGGGCUCCAGCCCCUUCCCCAGUUCCAUUCCCUUCUCCGCAUGCACUCCAGCCCCUCAAAGUCCUUCUCGUAGUGAGGGGGCAAAACCGAACCCAGGAUUCCAGGUGCAGCCUCACCAGCACCGAGCACAGGGGGACAAUCCCUGCCCUGCUGCUGCUGGCCACCCCAGGGCUGAUCCAAGCCAGGAUGCUGUUGGCCUUCUUGGCCACCUGAGCACACUGCUGGCUCAUGUCCAGCCACUGUCAACCGACAUCCCCGGGUAGCUUGAGGAGAAUGCUUUUGGUAUAUAUCAUCACCACAGAGGGAUAGAGCUGCAUUUCAGGAGAUGUAAAAGGAAAGAGUAGCUAUUUGGUUCCAAAGUGGAUGCCACUCUAUUUGCUUAAGCAUCUUGGCAAUUAUCUUCACUGAGCGUCUUUAACAAUGGCAACACGUGUUUGAACGAGGUGCCAUGUGUCUUCUUUAAUGUGUAUGAGUGUGCCUGAUGUGUCGUGGGAUGUGUUCCUUCCCCCAUCUCCUGCCUAGAGACAGAGGAAGGGGACUGAGAAAAAAUCCUGUGGAGGACGGGGAAAGGAGCCUGAAGAGGAUUUAGAUGGGGGAAUGAGCCUGGGGAAGAUGGGGACAGAGGAUGGAGACGGAGGAAGGAGCCUGAGAAAAAGUCCUAUGGAGGAUGGGGAAAAGGAGACUGAGGAAGAUGAGGAUGGAGGCAGGAGAUGUUAAAGCAUUCAUCACUCCAGUGCUUGCCUACACCUCAGGUUCUUGAAAGAGUAUCUUCUUUAUCCAGACAGCUCAUCUCUUUUCUUACACUGCCAUUACUACUGCUGGCAGUCUCCAAACGGAGUUAUUCUAAGGUGACACUUCUUGAUGUGCGCAUUGAAGUUGUUUAUAAUGAAUCCAGAAACUGCACAAAAAUACUUCCCAAAGGAAGUAUAAAUGGCAGGGGGAACUGCCAACACCGAACAUUAAAGAGCAGAGGCAUCCAGAUUGGUUUAUUCCAUUUUUUUUUAGUGUUUUAUUUUAGAAGUGUUUGCCUACACUUGUUGAUUGACAAGAACUUCCAGAGUUUGAAUUCUCAAGCUUUUCUUUGUCAACACAAAAGUGUGACAACUGCAUGUUGAGAUUCUCAUGCAUCCAGUGUAACUUCAGGAGCUGCAGGUGGUAUUCCUUCUCCCACAGCUACACAGCAAGAUUAAUGAGAUUUCUAAGGAAAUAACUCAACAUUUAUUUACUGAGAUCUCUUCCUAGCGUAAGAGAUGAGGGGGGGGGUGUCCUAAAGAAGAGGAUGGAUUGAGAAGAAAAUGAUAAAAGAGACAUGCAUAAAAUUAUCAGGAAAAUAAAUUUAAUAAAAUAGUGUCCAGCAAGGCCAAGAGGAAAAGAGGACUUUACUUGCAACAUGUGGGAAAAAGAGGACCUGGGUACGUGGCUGCCAAGGAGUUUCCCAGCCUUCACUUGCCAUUUUUUUAUUAUCACUUGUCUUUGACUUUUAAAGCUACUCACACUUGGCUGCUUCACACCAGAAAUGGUGCAUGUAUUUUGGAAGCAAGUUUGAAAUAAUAAUUCUUGUAAUUUAUGGUUUGUUCAGUUGAAACUGUGUAAUUGCAGCAGAGAACAAGAGCAGAACGAGUUAGCUUCUGAUUUUGGGGAACAGAACAUUCCUACAAAUAUUGUAACAGUCACUGAAAUUUCACCAGAAGCAAGGAUUUACUGUGACACAGGAAACACAAAGCCUGGGAAAAAUGAAAUUUGGAGGAGAUACUGCUUAUGGGAAAACAAAGGAGGAAGCACUAGAUUGUAUUGUGAUGCCAUCAAGGUAUAAAACAUUAAAUGACGACUGCACUGCUGUAUAGUUUAUUCCAGCAGAUAUACAGCAAAUUGAAUUUACUGAAGAGAAGAUUAAAAGGAUCACAGAAUGCCUUUCUAUGGGCUAAUAAAUGCGCUGGAAUGAUGCCCGCAAUUCCCGCACGGCGGCUGCCCCCUGCCGGGCAGCACUGGGUACUGCAGCGCCGCUGUACCGGUACCGGCAGCACCGGGCGGGGGGCUACCCCUGCUGGGAAGCACCGGCUGCUGAGCCCUGGGGCGGCUGUUCCAUGCCGGGAAGCACAAGUUACUGAGGCCCCGACAGCACCGGUACCGGCACCGACAGAGCGGGGCAGGGCCGGGAGAGCCGCGCUGGAUGGGGCGCAGCAGCUCGGAGGAGCAUGGGCG